AAGGUUAAAAUAAUAAAAAAAUCAAUAUAUUUCAUUUCAAUCAAAACAAAGUUGUUUACAUUUCUUAGAAUUAAGAAUUUUAUUUUAUUUCUUUUAAAUAAUAGCAAUAGGUCGAAAAAGUAUUGAAAUUAUGGAUGUUUCAAAAGUUUGCCGUAGUUGUAUGAAAGAAGUUGCUUCUUGGGAACGAGAAAACUUCAACCCUAAAGCCGUGGAGAUGUUCUGUUUUUGUACAAACAUCAAGAUAUCAGAUGAAGACAAACUGCCUCGUCAGUUCUGCUAUGAUUGCAUCAUCAAGAUCGAAUCGUCAUUCACAUUCAUUACGGAAGCUCAGAAAGUUAAUGUCACCCUCAAAAAUAUAAUUUCACGAGCCAUAACAAGCAUUAUCGUAGAACCUGAGAGCCACAGUAAAAGUGUAUGUAAUAUUAAGCUAACGUUACCAGAUUAUAAAUUAAGUACGUCAGCCGACGAUUAUAGUGAGCCCUUAUUCGAAGAUCGUCAUGAUUUUAAUAUAGAAACUGAUAUAAAUAAAGAAACGAAACUAACUGAACAAAUAAUUAUUAAUAAUGAUGAGAAAGAACAAAAAAAUGAAUUAAAAAAUACAAAUGAAAGUGAGAAUAUAAAACAAUCAUGCCCAGUUUGCAGAAAAACAUUUACGUCUAAAACAUGGUUCGAUAAACACGUGGAGAAGCAACAUAAUACACAUAAAUGUACACAGUGUCCCAAAUCAUUUGCCAAGAAGUCUCAACUUGCGUACCACGCCACGUCCCACUCCGAUGAACGCCAGUACGCAUGCCCAGUGGCCGACUGCGGCAAAACGUACAAGAGGAGUAAGGAACUAACUAGCCACGCUCGUACACACGCUGAUGUCAGGCCGUACGCUUGCGACAAAUGCUCGAUGAGGUUUAAACUGAAAAGCGUGCUGAAAGGCCACAUGAAGGUCCACGAGGGUAGCAAGCAGCACCUCUGCUACCACUGCGGAUGGAGUUUCAAACAAAUUGGCAACCUUAAAGUCCACAUGCGAAUUCACACUGGGGAGAAGCCUUUCUCUUGUUCCGAGUGCGAGUUUCGCGCGGCCGCCGCCUCCAACCUGCGGCGCCACCAGCGCAUACACGCUGCGCAGGCGACGCACGUCUGCCUCACUUGUAGGAAGGGCUUCUAUGAUGCUAGUUCUCUUUCGCGGCACGCGCGCACGCACUCGCGCGCGCGGCCGUUCGCCUGCGGCGGCUGCGCGCGCGCCUUCGCCGACAGCUGGAAGCGCAAGGCGCACCUCAUGCGCAGCCACCGCCUGGCGCUCGCCGACAUCCCGCCGCUGCGCAGGGACGGCGCGCCCAGGGAGCGCUAGUGGGGCCACCGCAUGUUCUAUGGGACAGUUCCACGAUGAAAAGGAAGAACCAGUUUCGAGAACAUUCUACCAAGCACCAAAGACUAUGGGAUUUCUAAAUGAUUUAUUUAUUUCUACCCUCCUUCUUUAGUUAGUUACUC